AGUAAAUUAAUUAAUGAAAGCGGCGUUCCUCUCUGGGCAACGCACGGACACGGCCAAGAGAAGUCUCUCCCCCUCCUCCUCCUCCUCAUCCUCCUCUCUCUCUCUCGUCAUUCACAAAGACUUUCGUCUCGCCUUCUUUUUUUUACUCUUUUACCCCCCACCCCUGCCGCCGCCGCUGCCGCCGCCGCCGCUUUUUCUGUUUUGUUUUCUUACCGAAUCGUUGACGGGGCAGCGAGACGGGGGGGAGGCACUUUUAUUGUUGUUGUUGUUGGGUGAAUCGUCGAUGGUUUUUACGGAGUAGUGGUGGUAACCAGUUUGACAUCGCCAUCCCAGCUUCUUCACCCACCCACCCACCACCUCUCUCUUUCUCCGAGUACAUGUGUCAAGAGCGGUGCUCUUAAUGAUCUAAUUUUUUUAUUCGCUCUUAAGUUGACUCCCUCGGCAGUUAUCCGUCGAUUCCUUAAUGAAAUACCGGCCGGCCAGUUGAGUUUUGUACACCGAACAAGAAAUAUAUAUAUUUUUUAAUUCGCGCGGUGUCCGACCAAGCGCAAUCUGGAUAAUCGUUACUACGUACUCCGAUGAGCUCGUUAGCGUAUUAAUUUUAUCAUCGAAUGGUGAAAUAUUGAUCGAUCUAAAGUUCAGCGCAGACUUCCGCUUAAAGUUUACAAGGUAGCCCUGGGUAAUGGUAACUCGCGCAGUUGAGGCUCGUUCCAUUGUGUAAUUAUUGUUGACUCGUCGAGAUAAUUAAUCGUUAACGUUUCAAAAUGUUCAACUGUGUUGAGUGUAGGCCUUGUCGUGGCGUUGUUACUAUGUGACGCUGCUGUAUCGUUAAUAUCGCUCGAGUUGUCUUUUAUUAUUAGGCACGUAAUCGUUUUUUUAUAUUUUUGUAAUCGCGAGGCACUGAGGCACACCGACGUCGGUGUUUUAUUGACAUCGGUUUCAACAAGUUUAAGAUGAAAUACAAUGUAAAGUUUUUUUUGUAGACGUGGUGGGUGAAUUAUCGCAAUAACUGUGAUUUCGAGCAGGAGUCUGGAGGUAUAAUAAACAUGGAAAAAGCACAGAUUUAACGAAUAUAUUGCAGUACAAUUGACAAUUCUAGUCUGUGUCAUUCAUAUAUUUGUGUGUAGUGUAUAUAAUCUCAUUGACUUGGAACAAACACGUUAUAAACUACUUUUUUUACUGCGUUACCAAAAAUAGUUACUUAAACGUAAAGUAAAAUUGUGGUAAGAAUAAAGCAAUAAAACAAACAUUCAAUUAACUUAUUACCACUCUAUAUUUAGUUUACUCCAGUACUCAUUCUACGUCCUCGCAGACCAGUGUGGAGGUGUAGUGUCCGACGGGGGUAAAGCUAAGUCUCAUUCCCAUAGUGGUUACCUGCGGGACACUUGACCGCUUGCUUGCUAAGAUACAACAGAGCCGAGUCCACAACUGGAGGAGCCACUCCGCCUCUAACUAGAAGGACCUCCCCAUGGACCCCCCGGCCCAUGACCCCUCGCCUCCCCCUCCCACCACUCCCCUCCCGCCGUCCCCCCCGUUCUUCCCCCACGGGAGAUCGGUCCUUGACGAGGAGGCCGAGGGGUUUGCCCUGGGUUUCGUCAGGGCCUUGGAGGCCAUGCACACGGCGGGCUCUGGGCCAUGCCCGGGACAAGGCUCGGCAGGGCACGGCGCCGGGCACGGGCAGCCCUGCACUGCCCACAGCGGGGGCAGCAAUGGCCUCGCGGCAGGACCGGUGGCGAUGGGACUGCCCCUGGCCGUCAUUGACUUCGACUCCCAGGAGCGUCUCAAAGCGGAGAGGAAGAGGCAGAGGAACCGGCUGGCCGCCUCGCGUUGUCGACACCGGAAGCUGGAGAGGAUCUCUCGCCUCGAGGAGAGGGUGCAGGCGCUCAGAGGGGAGAACUCUGCUCUGCAGGCGGCUGCCGGUUCCCUGAGGCGCCAGGUCGCCGGUCUGCGUCGUCGUGUCCUCUCUCACCUGCAUGGGGGAUGCAGCAUCACAGCUCCCCGUGGCACCGGAGGUGGCACGGGCGGAGGGGGCCCUGCCCAAGAGGCCUGCUGAGGGGACUGGGGGGGGGGGGACGUGGGGGUGGGAAGGGGGGAUGCAGACUCCCAUCCCUGCUUCACGCACGCGCUUAUACACCCACCCGCUUAUACACCCCACUCGCAACAUGCCUCACGCACUCAUUCCCAAAAUGUCUCUCUCGCUUAUACACUCAUUCCCAAAAUGACUUGCUCACUUGUCCACCCACUCCCACGAUGCCUUGCUCACUCUCAUCAUGCCCCAUUCACGUAUACACACUCCCACAAUGCUCCACUCAAUCCCAUAAUGCCUUAUUGUCUUGACUAAUUGCUCAUGCACCCACUUCCAAAAUGCCUCACUCAUGGACCCCAUGUUACCUCACUCAUUCACUCUCAUGUCUCGCUCACUCCGAUAAUGCUUCACUCUCAUACAUUAUGUACACACCCGUACAUAUGUAUAUACACACACACAAAUAUGCACUUGCAUAUGUAUAUAUAUACACACAUAUAUACGGUCUCAUAUGCACACACAUGUAUAUACACAUACACACUUUACAUAUAUUCAAUUAUACAUAAGUAUACACUAUGUAUAUAUAUACAUUCAAAUAUAUCUACACUGUUAGCUGUAAUAUUCACGAGUCAAAUCUGCAUUCGGGAACUGUUAAUGCAUCCGAUACGAAAACCUCACCUCAUCCAAUACAGAACCCUUAUCCGAUGACUACAAUGAAUUUUCAUCAAAUUUUUAUUACAAAAACUGCUGGCGCAUCCGAUGCAGAACCUCCAUCUUAUCCAAAACAAAAACCUGGUCUUAACCAUAACAGAACAUCCGUCUCAUCCAAUACAGAACCCUGGUCUUAACCAUUACAGAACACUUGUGUAAUCUGAUACAGAACCCUCGUUUUGUUUGGGUGCCUUUGUCUAAAGUCUAAAGUUUAUACACUAAGUAUUAUAACUGACAAAGAUUGAUAAAUGAUCCUUUAUUAAUAUGUUAACAAAGUAUGUCUUAAGAAUAUUGCUCAGUUAAAUAUAUAUUCUGAUUAAAAAUAAUUUAAUCAAAGAUUGGUAUGUGGACAUUGUCAUUUAAGUUUUUUAAAUGGUAAAUUUUUGCGAAUUUUUUUUGUAAUGCUGGGUUCAUGUCUGAGACGAAGCCAAACCGUUGAUUUUAUAACAGCCCUAAAACACGGCCCCACCUCUUAACACGGUCACGGCUCCACAUCUACCCCUGAACACAACCUCUGAUUUGCUAACCUUUCUGAAACUUUGCACUCUGGUCGUUUUUUUGUAUUGUUGUAACUUUGACCCGCCCCCUUCUGGAUAUCUGUGAAAAAGAGCUUCAUAGCUCAUCGGAUUUCUCCAGGAUAAAUAAAGAUUGAUUCUGACAGCCUACAGCCCAGCCUCACCUCUAGCCCUCGCACACAGCCCGACCCCUAACACUAACACAGCCCCACCUCUAACACUAACACAGCCCUAACACGAUCACAGCCCUAACACUAACACAGCCCCACCUCUACCCCUAACACUAACACAGCCCUAACACGAUCACAGCCCCACCUCUACCCCUAACACUAUCACAGCCCUAACACGGUCACAGCCCCACUACCCCUAACACUAUCACAGCCCUAACACUAUCACAGCCCCACCUCUACCUCUAACACAGCCCUAACACUAUCACAGCCCCACCUCUAGCACUAUCACAGCCCUAACACUAUCACAGCCCCACCUCUACCCCUAACACUAUGACAGCCCGACCCCUAACAAACACUAUCACAGCCCUAACACUAACACAGCCCCACCUCUAACACUAACACAGCCCCAUCUCUACC